GUUCCAACACCCUGAAGACGCUAAGCACCAUGGGAAGGCGAGACAUUCCAGUGUUCCGUGGGGCCUCUGAUUCUCUUGUGAAGACGUCACUGCGGGCGGAAAAUAUCCACGGGUCUGACGGCUUUGGGAACGCGAAAUUCCUGGACUCUCCGGUCGUGGAUGACACAACGCUGCAGAAGGAACACGCAGUCAACUUCCUCACCCGGAUCGCGUCGGAGAACCCAGGUGCAGUGACACUGUUGUGUCUUGGACCACUUACGAACAUUGCCCUAGCGAUAAGAAUGGAUCCAAGUUUCUGCGGAAAUAUCAAAGAGGUGUUUAUCAUGGGUGGAAAUACGGAAGGGGUAGGGAACACAACAGCUGCCGCUGAGUUCAACUUCUUUUGUGAUCCAGAGGCGGCUUAUGUCGUGUUACACAACAUGAAGUGUCCAAUUUCGAUAUUUCCUUGGGAGGCCGCGUAUAAAAACGGCAGAAUUCCGUGUGAAUGGAGGAGGAAUGUUCUGGGAGCCAUUCAGAGCCCACAGGCUCGGCUGAUGAACGCGGUUGAACGCGACUCUCUGGAGAGAAAGGGUAAGGACGGAGUCUGGAUCCAGUGCGAUCCAUUGGCAGCAGCCAUUUUGUUCCUGCCCAAGGACGCAGUUCAGAUCAAACAAGUCUACGCGUCGGUAGAGCUUCAUGGUCUCAACACCAGAGGCGCUAUGGUGGUGGACCACUUAAAUACUUCGGGGUUAGAACCGAACGUUUCUGUAGUCGAAAAGGUUGACUUAGAAGCGUACAAGGGGUUACUGCUGGAAGCAUUCGCCCCCGAAAUGGCAAAAUUCUGAUUCUUCAAGAAAUGUUAUCGGUUUUCCACGCCUCACCCCACAACUCAUGUCUAAAACCAACCUAAGCCCAGCAAAUGUUUCGCAUUUCACGACAAAUUAUGCUUAGUGAUGGCUGAGGAAAAACACUUUGCCACAGCUGCAACUUCUGAGCUCGAUAUUUGGAAACAAUCAAUAUACAGGUUGCCCCCAAAAAUAUGUAAACCCCCUGUAAUACGGAAUAUUAACCUUCUUAUCUAUCGUGAUGUGGUGAUGUGUUCACGACGAUUCAAGUAAAAUCCAGACACCGGCGUGUGUUGAGUGGUUGGUACUCCUGAUUUGUAUUUAUAGUCCCGUUUCUAGCUCUACGGCUUUGGUUUUCGUGAUUUUACUCUGUUCCUUCAGACAAAUUCUGGUGUAAUACCUUGAAAUAUACUUUCUAUCUUUCUCAAUGCAUGGUUCAUAAUCAUCGUCCUAGCCGACGCCAUGUAAUCUGCAUGGAUUUGACACGUCGUCAUGUAAACUAACAACGGACCGCUAAUACUUCAAUGGAGAAUCGUGUUAAUUGGUAAUUUUCGUUCUAUGUUGGCAUCACUGAAUGGUGCGAAACUUUAUACGAAUUUUUGCGCCGUGUUUGUUGUAGUUGGUAUCAUGGGAAAUCAUCGUGAGCGCGUGGAGGAACCCUUUCUAGAAUUUGUUGAAAACGUAAGUUGAACGAACCUUUGAAAGGUUACCGAAAACGUGGGUUUCAUGUAGAUCAGUGCAGUGUGGACGUGCACAAUAAAUAAUAAAUCAGACAAUGUGAUUUAACCUUUAACUUUUGGUAUCGCCUGUUGGAAACUUUUAAGCCACAUUUUAAAACUUAAGUGUCGUGCCGUCCUAAGUCCAAAUAAUCUCCUCACGCCUUCAAUCUGUGUUAUUUCGUUCGUGUAAAAGUCACCCAUACAAAAGAACAGAUAAACCACUAAAAUUUAAAAAAAAUUAAAAACAAAAACAAAUUUUGGUUAUUUUUAAUCGUCAAACGGCGAGAUCCAAUUCUGAAUCCAAUUCCAAACCAAGUUAUUUGACAAAGAUCUGGGAAAAAUAUUUUUUUUGGGGGGGGGGGUUUCCUAAUGGGACGUGGUGAUAACUGGGGUAGGUAAGAAUGUGGAUUUUUAUUCGGAGAGUUCUGGGUUAGGUCCGGUUGAGAUCUGUGUGUAGAUUGCUUUCCUCACAGACGGAAACUCCUGUCUCCGCGAGAGCUGAGUGCUAGUGACCUCAGCGUGUAUCGCAGGUUGCCCGUCGUCCUCCUACCGCCAUUGUCUCUCUCCAAGUUUGUUGGGCUCUGUGGGGGGCUGGGGUUAGAGGCAAUAGAUGGGAUUUCGUAAAUGAAAAUUACAGAGCUUAAUCUUGUUUAUUGGAAAGGCUGCAUUCUUUUAACACAUGACAUUAAUGACUCAGUGUCUCUGUAAUUUCAUAUCUUUGUUGUUUUUGUUUUUUACAUCAAGGGCACUUGAGGUAUUAAGCAUUUAUGAUAAUUCGCUGAAAUAUUUUGAAUUGUUUAGCGUUUGCUCUAAUAAAAUAUUACAUUCCCAUGUCUGUUCUCUUGACAAUAUUUUCGCAGACGUCUAAACCUCUUCAUUUCAGAAAACGUCGUUCAUCAGCCGAAAAAUUAUUCAUCCCACAAGAGGCGAGGGUUGUCCAAACAAGAGAGGCGAUGUACGUUCAUACAGCCGAUAUUUUGAUUGUGACAUUGUGUAGUCUGGUAAAUUUUAAUCGACGUUUCAGAGGUUCUUACUGCAUCCACUAAAACGACGCUCAUCGAUCAGACAAUGGAGGCGGUAAGCACUUCCAAAACGUCAGUUAACUUCUACCAGGCUACAAUUUUAUUUUUCUUUAAAUUGUGUCACGAAACGUCUAUUUAAGGAACUUUGCAUAAUGGUACAGCGAUGUCAUAUAAAUACGGAUUUAGAGUGGUAAUUAAUUCGCUGCUAUUUGCGGUUGUGAAACGAAAAUAAAGUCUAAGGAAACAGAAUGUAGAGGCGCUGUAGUGUUCCCACAUCGGCCGAAAACCUUGACGCAGAUGUUGGCAACCUUUGAAUUCCCGCGGGUCGUCGUCCAGAAUCACAGAAAGAAAAAUUAAUAAUGCCGCAGACAGUACGCGAAAUUGUAUCCCUUUAUCUUCAACAAUGUGGAUGAAAUUCACUUGAAAACGUUCGCUUUAUUUCAUUGUUAAGACUCUUGGCUUCAAACAUUUUCGAAUUCAAUGAUUCAGGUCAUUGUUAACUUCGUAUAAUUUCAGUAAUUUUCACAUUGUUGAGUCAAAUCUCGUAUUAUUUGAAUAACAGAACAAUAUACGCAUAUAAACAACUUCUUUCACGCUUCUGAACGGAUACGAAAUAUUUAUCGUAAAACAUCGCUCAGUGCUCGUGAAAAACGUUGUAAAAAUUAUACGGUUUUUUGUGACUGUGAGUUGGCUCGGCGCGCAGGAGUUGAUCGCUUGUUUGACUUUCUCACACUCACUGACUGAUGGGUUUAAAAUUGUCUCUGCUUCUUUCUUUGUUCUCGUUACCAGACUAAACAAACCAAAGCAUCACCACGUCGUGACUAAAUCGAACUAAACCUCAGCGUUGGUAGUGAUACUUGACACAGUAAUGCAAACUUAUACACGAACGUUGGUGGACAACAAUAAGACAACUUGACAAGGCCACAAUCGACGGACGGCUUUGUUUUAAAAUGUAAAAGAUGACUGAAUGUCUGCUUCGGUUAUAGACAUUCAAUAGAAAAGAAGUUAUUUAUCUGAUUCAAAGACACUACUAUAAAUAGUCGAUUGUAACUAAUUUUACAUAAAAGUAAAGGAAAGUAGAAUGUC